AUGUCUUCCAUCGUCAACAAGGUCAAGGAUGCUCUCCACUCCGACAAGUCUCACGAGACUAAGACCGGAACCCACGGCCCCCACGACAGCAAGGCUGCCAACGUCGCCGACCCUCGCGUCGACUCCGACCGUGACCACCGCGCCAACCCGGCAUCUGCCACUGGCAUGAACACUCACGCCACCAACCCCACGAUGGCCGGCCACGGUAACGCCCACGGCGCCACUGGCACCACCGGUACCGGCUUGACUGGCAGCCACGGCACCACCGGCACUGGCAUGACUGGCAGCCACGGCACCACCGGCACCGGCAUGACCGGCAGCCACGGCACCACUGGCACCGGCAUGACCGGCACCCACGGCAGCUCUGGUCUUGGCUCCACCGGCUCGACCAACGCCGGACCCCACGACUCCAACAUGAUGAACAAGGCCGACCCCCGCGUCGACUCUGACCGUGACCACCGUGCUGCUCCCGGAGGCGUGACUGGCUCCAGCAACUACGGCAGCUCGGGUCUUGGCUCGACUGGCACUACUGGCACCGGUAUGACUGGUAGCCACGGUACCACUGGCACUGGCAUGACCGGCAGCCACGGCACCACCGGCACUGGCACGACCGGCUCCAACUACGGCAGCUCGGGUCUUGGCUCGACUGGCACAACCGGCACCGGCAUGACCGGCAGCCACGGCACCCACGGCACCACCGGCGGCCUUGGCAGCUCUGGCCCCGGCCCUGCCAGCAACACUGCCGGCCCCCACAAGUCGGACAUGAUGAACAAGGUCGACCCCCGCGUCGACAGCGAUCUUGACGGCAGCAAGACUGUCGGCCAGGACAAGACUUACCAGAGGUCAUCUGCCACCACUGGCACUCACAUGUCAAAGGACCCUACCGAUGCUGCCCAGGUGCCUCCCUCUGUGAUGCGCAAGGCCGUCGGCAACCCCGUUAUCGAGCACGAUGACCACCUUCAUGCCCGUGACGACCGUCACAGGCGGCCUAGCGCUCAGGAGAACUUCCGUGGCGUCUAA